GCGGGUGCCGCGUGCGCCCCGUCGGGGCUGUCAAAACUUCCUCCCCGCCCUGCCCGGCUCCUCCCCGGCCCGGGGGCUCCGCCAGGGGGCAGGGCGCGGGAUGAAGCGGCCGCCGCAGCCGGGCAGCGCCGCAGCCUGAGUCCGUGCGGGGCUGUGCCGGGUGCGGUGCGGGGCGCCCGGCGAUGCUCGGCGGAGGAGGAGGCGGCGGCGGAGGCGGAGGUGAAGCGCAGAGGCGCUGCGGGAGCAGGAGGAGCGUCGGGAUCCGCGCUGCUGCCGCCGCCGCCGCCGCCGCCAGCCUGGUCGUCCCCCGCGCCCGCCCGCCCCGCGCGUCCCGCUGACGGGCGGCAUGGCCGAGCCGCGCGCCCUCGCCGCCGCCGCCGCCGCCGCGCCGCCCCCGCCGCCAGAGCCCUCGCCCGAGCCCUCGCCGCCGCCGCCCGAGCCCGGAGCUCCCCCCGCCGCCGCCGCGGCAGCCGCAGACAAAAGACCUCGGGGCCGGCCUCGCAAAGAUGGCGCUUCCCCUUUCCAGAGAGCCAGAAAGAAGCCUCGGAGUAGAGGAAAAACUGCAGUGGAGGAUGAAGACAGCAUGGAUGGGUUGGAGGCAGCAGAAACAGAAAACACUGUGGAAACAGAAGUCAAAGAACAAUCUGCAGAGGAGGAUGCCCAAACCGAAGUGGACGGGAACAAGCAGCUAACACCAGUUCUUCAGCGCUCAGUAUCUGAGGAGUCUGCAAGCUCCACUGCCUCCGUUGGCGUUGAAGCCAAAACCAGUGAACAGCUCUGCGCCUUUUGUUACUGUGGUGAACGAAGCUCGUUAGGACAAGGAGACUUAAAACAAUUCAGUCCAACACCAGGGUUCAUCAUCCCAUGGAAGAACUGGCCUUUAAAUAAGAGUGAAGCCAACGAAAGCACCGAUGGAGCUUGUGAGAGACCUCCAAGGCAAAACUCAGUGCCUCGCAAGCAAAGAGGACAGAAGAGAGAGAGAUCUCGACAGAGCAUACCAUCAUGUACAAAUGUAAGCACCCAAACUCCUUCUGAGGAUCAGGUUGUCAAAUUCUGGGAUGAACUCAGUUUAGUUGGCUUACCAGAUGACAUUGAUGUCCAAGCCUUAUUUGAGCCAACAGGUCACUGCUGGGCUCAUCACCGCUGUGCGGAGUGGUCAUUGGGAGUAUGCCAGACUGAAGAGCAGCUAUUGGUGAACGUGGACAAAGCUGUUGUCUCAGGGAGCACAGAACGAUGUGCAUAUUGUAAGCACCUUGGAGCCACUAUCAAAUGCUGUGAAGAGAUAUGUACCCUGAUGUACCAUUACCCCUGUGCUGCUGGAGCAGGCACCUUUCAGGAUUUCAGUAAUUUCUCCCUCCUUUGUCCAGACCAUAUUGACCAGGCUCCUGAAAGAUCAAAGGAAGAAGCAAAUUGUGCAGUGUGUGACAGCCCUGGAGACCUCUUGGAUCAAUUUUUUUGUACUACCUGUGGCCAGCAUUACCAUGGGAUGUGCCUGGAUAUACAAGUAACACCUUUAAAAAGAGCAGGUUGGCAGUGUCCUGAUUGCAAAGUGUGCCAGAAUUGCAAACAUUCUGGGGAAGACAACAAGAUGCUCGUGUGUGAUACGUGUGACAAAGGUUACCAUACUUUCUGUCUACAACCAGUUAUGGACUCAGUGCCAACAAAUGGCUGGAAAUGCAAAAACUGCAGAGUAUGUGCUGAGUGUGGCACAAGAACCAGUUGUCAGUGGCACCACAACUGUCUGGUAUGUGACAGUUGUUACCAACAGCAAGACAACCUGCCUUGUCCUUUCUGUGAAAAAUUGUGCCACCCAGACUUCCAGAAAGACAUGUUGCACUGUCACAUGUGCAAAAGGUGGAUUCACAUAGAAUGCGACAAACCUCCAGGUAAUGAAUUAGAUUCUCAGUUAAAAGAUUACAUGUGCCCUCUUUGUAAACAAGGAGAAGGGGAUCAGACUCAGCCGUGUGAUGUAAUGGACACUUGUGAACUUGUUCCUGAAUCUGGCAGUAUGACAGCUUGUACAAAUGAAAUGGAAAUUGAAGGUGGUGCAGAGGAUGUGGCAUUUCAGGAACAAGCAAUUACUGACGAUGGCCCUGACCAGGAGUCAACCGCUGCAUGUGUCACACACGUUAUAGACAUAUCACAGGAUGAAAAGACUGUUGAACUGGAAAAGGGAGUUCCUGAUCAGGUUGAUAUAGCUGAAAUGGAAACAUCUCCUAAAAGAACACCAACACCAGCACCUGAUGACAGUCAAAGUGAGCAAAUGAUGGAAGUGACAGAGAGUGCUCAAGCUGUAACGCAGCAGGAGUCAGACGCUCAAGUAGAAGAGAAACAACUAUUACAACAAGAUGCUGAGAUGUCAGGAAUAUCCACAGAGGAAUCUCAGCCUCCACCUUCAGCACCUGAGGCCAUAACGACAGCACCAGAAACCUUAGAGCCUGUGAAUAAGGAGGAAACUGCCUUUAAGGUGGUAGAACAAUUGGAGACAAUAAGAGUGCAAGACGAUGUAGAAAAGGGAGAAACCUGUGAAAGCUCUGAAACGCCAGCUGUUCACUUGGAAGUGGAAACUGCUCCUGCAAAUGAAAAUUGUGCAAAAAAUAGUUCACCACUAGCAGGCAAACCCAUUAAAUCACCAGCUGAGACAUGCUCCUCAUUUUCAUCAUCAAUUGGUAUAAGCAAGACAAGCGUGUCUUCCUCUCCAGCAGUGUCAUUAGACUUGCAUACUGUACACGAUGUGAUGCACAGUCAGACUCCAGCACUGAUUUCAUCUGCUGGAUGUGCUCUCCCAGCAACUUACGUAUCUGUCACUCCGAAAAUUGGCAUGGGGAAACCAGCUAUUACCAAAAGAAAGUUUUCUCCUGGGAGACCCAGAUCAAGACAGUUGCAGCUGUGCUGUUCAGAUCUGAGGACUCAAGAAUAUGAUGGAGAAGUAGGACUUCCUGUUUAUUUCAAAGGGGCUUGGAGUACCAAUAAUACAGUGAGCCCACCUUCCUGGUCCCCAGACAUUUCAGAAGGUCGGGACAUUUUUAAAUCCAGACAGCUUCCUGGCAGUGCCAUUUGGAGCAUCAAAGUGGGCCGCGGAUCAGGAUUCCCAGGGAAACGGAGACCACGUGGUGCAGGACUUUCAGGAAGAGGUGGCCGAGGUAGAUCAAAACUGAAGAAUGGGAUUGGGGCUGUUGUCAUUCCAGGGGUCACAACUAUGGAUAUUUCAUCCAACAAAGAAGAAGAAGAAAACUCGAUGCAUAAUACAGUUGUCCUGUUUUCUAACAGUGACAAAUUCACUUUACAUCAGGAUAUGUGCGUAGUUUGCGGGAGCUUUGGCCAGGGCGCUGAGGGCAGGUUGCUUGCGUGUUCUCAGUGUGGUCAGUGUUAUCAUCCAUACUGUGUCAGUAUUAAGAUUACCAAGGUGGUGCUCAGUAAAGGCUGGAGGUGCCUGGAGUGCACAGUGUGUGAAGCCUGCGGGAAGGCUACAGAUCCAGGAAGACUGCUUCUUUGUGAUGACUGUGACAUCAGCUAUCACACUUACUGCCUGGAUCCACCACUGCAGACAGUUCCAAAAGGAGGCUGGAAGUGCAAAUGGUGUGUUUGGUGCAGACGCUGCGGAGCAACUUCUCCUGGUCUAAGAUGCGAAUGGCAAAAUAAUUACACACAGUGUGCUCCAUGUGCAAGUUUAUCUACCUGCCCAAUCUGCUAUCGCAAUUAUAGGGAAGAAGAGCUCAUCAUUCAGUGUAGGCAGUGUGAUAGAUGGAUACAUGCAAUCUGUCAGAGCUUAAAUACAGAGGAGGAAGUGGAACGCAUAGCUGAUAUGGGUUUUGACUGUACCAUUUGUAGGCCAUACAUGCCAGCAACAAAUGUGCCUUCCUUAGAUGGCUGUGACUCAUCAGUUGGAGUUCAGAUGGUUUCAAAAUCAAAAGAACUAGACCCUCCGAAGACAUAUACUCAGGAUGGAGUCUGUUUGACAGAAUUGGGGAUGUCUCAGUUGCAGAGCCUAACUGUUACAGUACCAAGAAGAAAACGGACAAAACCAAAGCUUAAAUUGAAGAUUAUAAACCAGAACAGUGUGGCUGUGCUACAGACACCACCAGAUAUCCAAUCGGAGCACUCAAGGGAUGGAGAGAUGGACGACAGUAGAGAAGGUGAUCUUAUGGACUGCGAUGGAAAAUCAGAUUCCAGCCCAGAACGGGAAACUGUGGAUGAUGAUGCAAAGGUGACAGAAGGAGCUGAUGGAAUCAAGAAGAGAAAGAGAAAGCCAUACAGACCUGGGAUCGGUGGAUUCAUGGUACGCCAGAGGAGUCGUACUGGACAGGGAAAAACCAAGAGAUCUCUCUCUAGGAAAGAUUCUUCUGGCUCUGUUUCUGAGCAGUUGCCUACCAGAGAUGAGGGUUGGACAGAACAGCUGCCAGACACACCAGUUGAUGAGUCCACCGCAGUCUCUGAAAAUACUGAGAAAACAAAAAAGCGUUACAGGAAAAAGAAAAAUAAACUUGAAGAAACCUUCCCUGCAUACUUGCAGGAAGCUUUCUUUGGAAAAGAUCUCCUAGACACCAGUAGACAAAGCAAGCUGAGCCUAGACAAUUUAUCUGAAGAAUCACUUCCACUUCCAUGUAAAACUAAUCUGGCCACUAAUUUCCUGGAUCCAUCUUCUGACCCACUACUUAGCUCAGCCUCCAAUCCAGCUCAAGCAAAACUGGGAGCUCAAGGUACUUCUGAGGACCCCUUAGCUGAUCUUUCAGAGGUUUUGAACACGGAUGAUGAUAUCCUUGGAAUACUUUCUGAUGACUUAGUAAAGUCUGGAGAUCAUUCAGGUCUUGAUUUAUGCACUUUCCAGGUUGAGAACUCACCCUCCCCAUUUGCUGGACUAGAUAUUGGUCCCAUCUCGGAUGAUCCUUCCUCUCUGCCUCAGCCAAGUGCUAAUCAGAGUUCACGACCCCUGAGCGAAGAACAACUAGAUGGAAUCCUCAGUCCAGAACUAGACAAAAUGGUCACCGACGGUGCAAUUCUUGGUAAACUGUACAAAAUUCCAGAGCUGGGAGGAAAAGAUGUGGAAGACUUAUUUACUGCUGUACUGAGUCCUGCAACCACGCAGCCAACUCCUUUGCCACAGCCUCCACCCCCACCACAGUUAAUGCCUUUGCACAAUCAAGGGGAGAGCGUGUUUUCGAGAGUACCACUUAUGAAUGGCCUGAUUGGGCCAAACCCCCAUCUUCCUCAUACUCCUCUGGCUCCUGCAGCUGGACUAGGCACUUUCUCUCCUAUAGCACAGCCGCCAUACGCUGAUGCCAGGGAUAAAACAUCGUUUAAUCCAAUGGUAAAUGACCCUAACAGUCCAUGGACACCAUCGGCCCAGCCUAUGGAAGGAGAAGGGGAUACAAUGUCCAAUGCUCAAAGAAGUACUCUCAAGUGGGAAAAAGAAGAAGCACUAGGUGAAAUGGCAACAGUAGCACCAGUUCUGUACACAAAUAUCAACUUCCCCAAUUUAAAGGAGGAAUUCCCAGACUGGGCUACAAGAGUAAAGCAGAUUGCUAAACUGUGGAGAAAAGCAAGUUCACAGGAACGAGCUCCCUAUGUGCAAAAAGCCAGAGAUAAUAGAGCUGCUCUGCGCAUCAAUAAAGUGCAGAUGUCAAAUGACUCCAUGAAAAGGCAACAGCAACAGGAUAGCAUUGAUCCUAGCUCUCGUAUCGACUCUGACCUCUUUAAAGAUCCAUUAAAGCAGAGGGAAUCGGAACAUGAGCAGGAAUGGAAAUUCAGACAGCAAAUGCGUCAGAAAAGUAAGCAGCAAGCCAAAAUUGAAGCAACACAAAAACUUGAACAAGUAAAAAAUGAACAGCAGCAGCAGCAGCAGCAACAACAGCAGCAGUUCGGUUCACAACAGCUUCUGAAUCAGUCUGGCUCCGACACGCCUAGCAGUGGGAUACAAAGCCCCUUAACACCUCAGACUGGUAACGGGAAUAUGUCUCCUGCACAGCAGACAUUCCAUAAAGACCUAUUUACAAAACAACAGCUACCUGGUACCCCGACUUCAACAGCCUCAGAUGAUGUGUUCUUAAAACCACAAGCGCCACCUCCACCCUCGACUCCAGUUAGACUACCAGUGCAGGAGUCACUGUCCCAGCCUCAAACUCCUCAGCCUCCAUCACAACAGAUGUUUUCUCCAGGGUCUACAAAUGCUAGACCGCCCUCUCCAAUGGACCCAUAUGCUAAAAUGGUGGGAACACCUAGGCCACCACCUGCUAACCAAAACUUUGUUAGAAGAAAUAGCAUUACACCAAUGGAUACCUGCCCACCACAAUCAUCCCGACCCAUUCAAGGAACUGAACCAACAGGAAGCAGGCCUUCCCCAGUCAGAGAUUCAUGUUCUUCAUCUCCAGUCAACAGCGAUCCCUAUGCAAAACCACCAGACACACCUAGACCUGUAAUGGCUGGAGAUCAGUUCUCCAAACCAUUGGGUGUACCAAGAUCACCCGUAAUUAUGGAAAAGUCAGGGAAAGUUCCUUUAACAGCUGGAAGCAAUGACCCUUUUACUAAACCAGCUCCUAGAACAGAUAUAUUUCAAAGACAGAGAGUAGCUCCAGCUGAUCCUUAUGCACGGCCACCAUUAACUCCUACUCCUGUUGUUGAUGGUAGCCCUGGACCCUUUAAAACUCCAAUGCGCCCACCUCAGUCCCCACAAGAUCCUUAUGGGUCAAUGCCACCAACACCAAGACGUGUUGUUGUUGAUCCAUAUGAAAGACCUGUUUUGACACCACGGCCAGCAGAUAGCUUUUCCCACAAUCAGUCUAAUGAUCCAUACAGUCAACCUCCUCUUACUCCACACCCUACAAUAAAGGAGCCUUUUGUUCAUCCACCCAGGGUAAUACGACAACAGAGUGACUCUUUCUCUCAGUCUGGACCCAUUUCAAGGCCAGCUUCUCAGGACCCUUAUUCCCAGCCUCCUGGUACUCCUCGGCCAGUUGUUGACCCUUACUCCCAACCUCCAGGAACUCCUCGGCCCACCACUGUUGAACCAUAUAUGCAGCAACCUCCCACACCACGACCUGCACAGCCAGCAGACUUAUUUGCUCAGUCUCCAGCAAAUCAGAGGCAUUCUGAUCCAUAUUCCCAACCUCCUGGAACCCCAAGGCCAGUUAUUAAUGAUCCUUAUUCUCAGCCACCAGCAACUCCAAGGCCAGGGAUUCCAGAGAGUUUUAACAGACCCACAAUGACAAGACCAGGACUAAUGCCAAAUAGAGAUCCCUUCUUGCAGACAGCACAAAACAGGGGAACUGCUCUGCAGGGCACUUUUGUAAGACCAUCAGAUCCAUGUUCUCAAACUCCAAGACCAGCAGGGCCUGCAGUAACAGAUUCAUUCAGCCAUGGUUCAGCAGCCCCAGCACGUGAUCCUUAUGACCAGCCUCCGAUGACUCCAAGACCUCAGGCAGAACCUUUUGGAGCAGGUCAGCUACCCCAUGAUGCUGCAGAUCAGCAAAGGCCUGGAGCUGAUGGCAACUAUAAUGCAUCUGCAAAUUCUCCAAUGAGCUCUCAAGGGCAGCAGUUUUCUAAAGCCUCACAGGUUCCUGGCCCAGCACCAACUACAGGAGUAACAGAUACACAGAAUACCCUGAAUAUGUCUCAAGCAGACACAGAGAAACUAAGACAGCGUCAGAAGUUACGUGAAAUCAUUCUGCAGCAGCAGCAGCAGAAGAAGAAUGCAGUCCGGCAGGAAAAAGCAUUACAGGAUCCAGCAGCACCUCCCCAUGCAGCUCCUCUUCAGCACUGGCAGCAAGAAAAUAUCAAUCAGAUUUUUAAUCGGCCUCCCCCUCCCUACCCUGGGAAUAUUAGAGCAUCCAUUGCCCCUCCAGGUGGUCCAAGAUUCACUGUAUUCACAAAAGAUCACCGUGGGCCAUUUCCUGCUGAUGGGCAGUUUAAUAGACCUCAGUUUCCAGGAGAUAUGGCUGUCAUGGGGAUGAGGCCUCACGGUCUUAGAUUUGGAUUUCCAGGAGGCAGCCAUGGCCCCCCACCAGGUCAAGAACGUUUUCUUGGUUCUCAACAGCAAAUGCAGCGCCCUGGAGUUCCCCCACAGCUGAGGAGAUCUUUGUCCAUAGAUAUGCCUAGGCCACUGAACAACCCACAGAUGAAUAAUCCAGCUGGACUCUCUCAGCAUUUUCCACCACAGGGUAUUCAGGUUCAACAACACAAUAUACUGGGACAGGCAUUUAUUGAGUUACGUCACAGAGCCCCUGAUGGCAGGCCAAGACUUCCCUUUAAUCCUUCUGCUCCUGGUGUUAUAGAGACAGCAGCUCAAAAUCAGCGUCAUACUGGAUUUAUACCUAGGCCGGACUUUCAGGUCCCAAGACACAAUGAGCCGGUGAGACGGACUCCCCAAGGCAUAACUAACCAGCUGCAGAUGCCUGCGAAUAUGGAGCAUUUACCACAGCCUCAUCAAGACCAAAUUAGUUCCAACCACCCCUCUGCGCUUGUAAUGCGUUCUUUAAGUCAUGCUCCCGUUGGCAAUGCCUUUUCAGGAACUCCUUUGCCUUCAUCGACGUCUAGAGAGGCAGCUAGUAACUUGCAGAUUCCCAACCAGCCGACUGAUGGAUUAGAAGAGAAACUUGAUCCUGAUGAUCCCGCUGUAAAAGAUUUAGAUGUCAAAGAUCUUGAUGGGGUUGAAGUCAAGGAUUUAGUUGAUGAGGAUCUUGAAAACCUAAAUUUAGAUACAGAGGAUGGGAAAGGAGAUGAGCUGGAUACUUUAGAUAAUCUAGAAACCAAUGAUCCUCACCUUGAUGACCUCCUGAGAUCAGGAGAGUUUGAUAUAAUUGCUUACACAGACCCAGAACUUGACCUGGGAGACAAGAAAAGUAUGUUUAAUGAAGAACUGGAUCUUAGUGUCCCCAUAGAUGAUAAAUUAGAUAUUCAAGGCAAGACAGAAGAACCAAAACAGAAAGAGCAAGGUGACAGACCUGCUGUCCCUGCUGAUGCACGUUCUCCACAGAAGAAAUCUACAGAAGGUGAGAUCAAAACAGAAGUGCUUUCUCCAAACUCACUAGAUGAAAAGAAAAAUGAAAAUGAAAAAAGUGAUGGAAAUGCGGAAUCUGCAGGCACUCAGAUGGCUGCUGCUGAAACAGAAUUAAAAGAUGGCGAAAAAGGUCCUGCUCAGCCUUGUAAACCAGAAUUGCCUGAGAAAACUACUGCCACCAGUCAAGAAAAACCAGUAUCUAGCCCUGACGUUGUUCAGGGACCUGCACAACUGCCUGCUCAAAGUGUAAUAAGUUCUUGCAGUAUUUCUGAAUCCACCCCGGUCCUGUCUAGUUUGCUGGCUAAUGAGAGUUCUGAUAACGCUGCUGACAUAAGGACCAUCAGCUCUCCACCGCAGGCUUUGCCAGCAACACCAAUGAAUCCUGUGUCAGGUAUUCCACAAACACUAAUGUCACCUCCUGGACAAGUCUUGGAAAAUACUUUGAAUUCUAAUAUGGCCGUGGUUCCUCGAAUAAACCAUAGCUUCUCUCAAGGGUCAGCAGUAAAUCCAGGAUUUAUCCAAGGUCAGUCAACCAAUCACAACUUUGGGACAGGGCAGCCCACUAAUCAAGCUGUGACAGUGACAAACCGCCCAGGUCCCAGCAGCCUACCUGGUCCCCAGCAGAUAAUGCUCCCUCAACCUUUAAGCCAGCAGCCAAAUCGGGAGAGACCUCUUCUGUUGGAGGAGCAGCCACUUCUUCUACAGGACCUUUUGGAUCAAGAGAGGCAGGAGCAGCAGCAGCAGCGACAGAUGCAAGCCAUGAUUCGCCAACGCUCAGAGCCAUUUUUCCCCAAUAUUGAUUUUGAUGCCAUCACUGAUCCCAUAAUGAAAGCAAAAAUGGUAGCUCUUAAAGGGAUCAAUAAAGUAAUGGCACAGAGCAAUAUGGGGAUGCCACCAAUGGUCAUGAACAGGUUUCCCUUUGUGGGUCAGCCAAUGCCAGGAACACAGACCAGCGAAGGCCAAAAUCUUAUACAACAACCAAUCACACAGGAUGGAAAUUUGACACCUCAGAUUUCACGACCUAAUCCUCCAAAUUUUGGUCCAGGUUUUGUCAAUGAUUCUCAAAGAAAGCAAUACGAAGAAUGGCUGCAAGAAACGCAACAACUUCUUCAAAUACAACAAAAAUAUCUUGAAGAUCAAAUUGGAGCACACCGAAAAUCAAAAAAAGCUCUCUCAGCAAAACAGCGCACGGCCAAAAAAGCUGGUCGUGAAUUCCCCGAAGAAGAUGCAGAACAGCUUAAGCAAGUAACUGAGCAGCAGAGUAUGGUCCAGAAACAGCUUGAACAGAUUCGAAAACAGCAAAAGGAGCAUGCGGAGCUCAUUGAGGAAUAUCGAAUCAAGCAGCAGCAGCAGUGUGGAAUGGCGCCCCAUGCUGUGAUGCCAGGAGUUCAGGCUCAGCCUCCCAUAGUGCCAGGAGGAACGCCACCAGCAAUGAAUCAGCAAAACUUCCCCAUGGUACCGCAUCAGCAGCACACAGUUGUGAUUCCUGGGCAGUCCAAUCCAGCCAGAAUGCCAAGCUUACCUUCAUGGCAACCUGGCACUGCCCCUCCAAGUCAUAUCCCCAUCAGUGCCUCAAGAAUGCAGCCUCCCAUGACGCAGCUGCCCAUAAAUCCUGGCACUCCGACUCCUGUGUCAGGCCCCAGUGCGAAUGCGCAGUCAGGGCCACCACCUAGGGUGGAGUUUGAUGACAACAACCCAUUCAGUGAAAGCUUUCAAGAACGGGAACGAAAGGAGCGUUUACGGGAGCAGCAGGAACGGCAACGCAUACAGCUGAUGCAGGAGGUGGAUCGACAGAGGGCUUUGCAGCAGAGGAUGGAAAUGGAGCAGCAUGGUAUGAUGGGAUCAGAACUGAACAACAGGACAUCCUUGUCCCAGAUACCUUUCUUUAACUCUGAUCUGUCCUGUGACUUCAUGCAAACCCCGCGACCCCUUCAGCAGUCCCCACAGCAUCAACAGCAGCAAAUGGGGCAAAUUUUACAGCAAGGCCCUGUGAACUCACCACCUGCUGCAACUUUUAUGCAAAGCAAUGAGCGAAGGCCGGUGGGGCCUGCCCCGUUUGGACCUGAUCCACCUUCAGUUGCAGGUGGAGCCCCGAACUUCCAUUCUGUUAAACAAGCCCAUGGGAGCAUCUCUGGGACCAGCUUUACACAGAACCAAGUCAGGCCUCCAUUUGCCCCUGGGCUGCCAACAGCACCUUCAGCAGCUGGGAGUGGUCCUCCAUGCAGCCAGGAUACCAGCAUGCCUCACACAACCAAUUUCCCUGGGUCUAGUCAGUCUCUCAUUCAGCUGUACUCUGAUAUAAUUCCAGAGGAGAAAGGAAAAAAGAAAAGGACGCGUAAAAAGAAAAAGGAUGAAGAUGCUGAGUCGGUAAAAGCACCGUCAACUCCACAUUCGGAUAUAACUGCACCACCAACCCCAACCGUUUCCGAGUCUACCUCCACGCCAACAGUUAGCACACCCAGCGAACUUUCCCGUCACCAAGAUGAGCCAGAAUCAGUGGAGCCAACGGGUCCAUCGACAACAAAUGCUUCAGAGAGCCAGUCUGCAGAACUGGAAUGUAUGCUUCCCAAGAGCAGCUUGCUGCAAAAGCAGUCGAGCAUAAACCCUGAGACUGACAGGGGCAAGACUGAUGCUCCUGCCAGUAUUCAGGAAAUUAAACUGGAAACCGCGGAAGCUGAUCAGUGCUCAGGUCAAGCUGAGCCCAAAGCGGAAAAUCAAAGUGGGAUUAAAGUGGAAGAAGAUAAAAGCACACCACAGCCUGCCGCCUCGGCACAGGGCUCAGCCCAGCCGUCCAGCACCCCACCAGCAAAAGGGGAGUCGGGCAAUGAAUUACUGAAACACCUGCUUAAAAAUAAAAAGUCUGGCUCGCUUGUGAAUCAGAAAUCAGAGAGCAGUUGCCGACCAGAAGAAGAAAGUGCUGGGGACAGCAAGUUGGUGGAGAAACAGAACCCAGCGGAAGCAACGCAAACUGUGGGAAGUCAAAUGCAAGGUGGAUUUGGAUGUGGAAACAGCCAGGUUCAGAGGCCAGAGGUGGGGCCUGAGACAAAGAAACCACGGAAUAAGCGAACUCAGAGGACUGGGGAGAAGGCAACGCCUCGGUCUAAGAAAAGGAAAAAAGAGGAGGAGGAAAAACAGGCAAUUUACCCUAACAUGGAUACCUUUAUCCAGUUAAAACAGCAACUCUCUCUGCUGCCUCUGAUGGAACCAAUAAUUGGAGUGAGCUUUGCACACUUUCUUCCUUAUGGGAGUGGCCAGAUAAAUGGCGGAAAUCGACUUGUGGGAAGUUUCGGUAGUGCUACGCUUGAUGGGGUUUCAGAUUACUAUUCCCAACUUAUCUACAAGCAGAAUAACUUGAGUAAUCCUCCAACACCUCCUGCUUCUCUUCCUCCUACACCACCACCUGUGGCUUGCCAAAAGUUAGUAAAUGGGUUUGCAACUACUGAGGAGCUUGCUGGCAAGGCUGGGAUGUUGGGAGGACACGACGUUACCAAAGCUCUGGGGCCAAAAC